UGUGGCAGCUUAUCUUGGACAUGCUUGCGGCGCUGUGGCAAUGCCUGGCACAGGAGGUGCAGGAAGAGGAAACACCUGUACCAGUACCACCUGAUAACCCCAACGGAAGGGAAGGGCCUAUGCGCAAAUAAGUUUGAUGUGUGACCACGAGAUUGACAUCCAUGGAUACAAGACGAAGCUCAUUCCCUCCACUGCCGGAGUCAGUGUCGAUAGGACAGCAGCCAAUUCUCAGGUCUUUGUGAAGACGUGGAUGUAUAUCUUGGGCUCCCGAUGGGGGUACAAUUACGACUUUCUGGCAAAGGUCGGCCCUGAUGCCAUUCUCCUCCCUGAACGUUUGAGGGGACAUGUGGCCGCCCAUGUGGGACAGCAAAGCUUCAAUGCGGUUUUGAAUGCUUGCUGGAAAUCCUCCGGUUGCGCCGCAGCAGAGCACUGGUUUCAGAAGAUGCGACAGGCAAAUGUGACGCCGAAACAGGCCAGCUAUGCAAUGCUGGUCCAAGGGUGGGCAUGUGCUUCUGAACGAAGUGCACAGAGGAUGGAAGCAGUGCGAAGAUCCAGUGGCACGCCGAACCAAGGGUGCUUCCUGGCAAUCCUCAUGUGCCAGAAUCGGACGACUGAGGCCGUGCAGGAGAUGGUGUGCCAGUUCCCAAGCACACGCCUGCAGGCUGUACAUGCCCGGGGACAGAUCUACUGCUCAGUUGCGUGCACCGGCCCUGAGAUGGUCGACCCUGAUGCCAUUCUCUUCCCUGAACGUUCGAGGGGACAUGUGGCCGCCCAUGUGGGACAGAACGUCUUCUUUCACUGCGCUGUGCAUGCUCCUGCCAUGUACGGAGCUGUCGAGGUCGCCAAGUCCGUGUUGGGAGACCAAGCUGCGCAUGGACGUUGUGAGCAAUCGCUUCCUUUCUGGGGAGAAGACAGGUUCAUGCAAGAAUGCUUAAAGAUGCUUGGAGUUAUUCCGAUUCCUGAUUAUACGGAGAACGUCCGUGACGCCCGCUACUGGGGUUCAGAUUGUGGCAACAAGGGAGCCGUGGCAUUCCAUCCGUUUCCUUUGAUGCAACAGCGUGGGAUUCAGCCAAAUAUUUUCACAUACACUUCUCUCGCCAGAGCCUACGUGAACUGUGGCAAGUGGCAAGAGGCAAAGAAGUUGAGCUAUUCCAUGGAAGCCGCAGGAUUGCUCAUCAAUGACUUCUUCCUUUACGCACUGCUGCUCUUGGUGUGCGUGCUGGCUUCUCUGAAGCAGCUCAAGAGGGCAGAAGACCUUUCUUGAUUGGAAAGCGCAGAAAGCGCAGCAAUGCACGGUGAAUUCCUCCCUGCAUGGUGACAAAUUAAUUGUCCCUCGAUUUAACCAUAGUGAAAUUAGAUCUACCCUGUGAAACCCAAAAUUCGUGGCCUUUGAAGUGCCUGUUAGUAGGUUCUCAGUAUCUCUUG